AUGGCGUCGUUUUGCGCACUGCCGUUGCCUACAGAUGACGCGCCUCUCACGCGGCGUCUGUCUCAAGUGAUACAGACGUUCGAGAGCCACUUCGGCGUGCCUCCUACCGGCGUCGUACGCGCUCCUGGACGCGUGAACCUCAUUGGCGAGCACGUGGACUAUGAGGGCUACGGGGUGCUGCCCAUGGCGAUUGAGCAGAGCGUCUACGUGGCCUUCAAUACCGCUCAACCCAGCGGAAAUGCGGCAGUCGGGACGUUCUUUUUAUGUGUCCAGAAUGCCCAGCCACGAUUCCAAGCUGUUGCGCUGUCUCCACAGGAGGGAAACAUACAGGAGUGCAUGCGCACACUCGCGCAUCAAGGCGCUAGCUGGGCCAAGUACGUGCUGUGCGGAGUCCAAGGCGUCCGAGAAGCUUCCCCUGAUCGCUUUGCUCGGAGCGACAGGACGGAGCUGCAGCUGCUGGUGGACGGAGACGUGCCUGCUGGCUGCGGUCUGUCCAGCUCCAGCGCUUUGGUCGUCGCUGCUGCUCUCGCUACAGCUGCAGCUCUACAGCGAUCGGGACAGGAGCUACCGACUCGACUGGAGCUGGCGGAGCUCUGUCGACGAGCAGAACUGCACGUGGGAACGAUGGGAGGAGGGAUGGACCAAGCCGUGGCGUGUCUCGCGCAGCAAGGAGUGGCUCUGUAUCUCGAGUUCUCCAGUGGCUCGGCAACAAGUCAGUUCGUGCAGGUGCCGAGUGCUGCGCACAGAGUGACGUUCGUGGUCGCGAAUUCGCUCGUCGUGGCGGAGAAAGCUGUUGAUGCCGACACUCACUUUAACAAGCGCGUUAUUGAGUGUGCUCUUGCUGCAAAACUGAUUGCGAAGAAGGCCGGCCUCGAUGCUUGGCGAACGAUCACGCGUCUUGUGGAUGUCCAAGUUGCACUUAGCGGUACCCAACAGUGCGUGCAAUUUGACGCUUUACAAGAGCUGGCGUCAGCUCCUUGUCCACUAAUGGAGUACUCGAUCUCUGAACUGGAAGAAGAGUUUGGCGAGCAGAUCGUGGAUCUGUUUGUUGGUUCGGAACUAGAAACAACCACUAAGGCAGUAGUAGCUUCGGCGUCGACAUUCAAGCUGCAGCAGAGAGCUCUGCAUGUGUGGGGUGAGGCCGAACGUGUCGAGCUGUUUCGGGCGAUAUGUGCUUCCUUGACGAGUGAAAAAGAGACCAUGGUGUCGUAUCAAGAGACCGUGCAGGCGCCAAACUUUCGGGCGCGAUUGGAAAGUCUCGGAAAAGUCAUGACUGCGAGCCAUUCCAGCUGUCGGACGUUGUGCGAGUGCAGCUGCCCGGAACUCGAUGCCCUCGUUGAUGCUGCUUUGGCCGCCGGGGCGUUAGGAGCCCGCCUGACUGGAGCUGGGUGGGGAGGCUGUAUUGUUGCGCUCGUCUAUAAAGACAGCGUGUCCGAUUUUAUCAAUGAGGUGCAGUCGAUCUACUACAGCGGGCGCAGAGGAACGCCAGCUGAUGAAUCGACUACCAUUUUUGAGACGGCUCCCGCACGUGGUGCAGAUAUUUUCAACGUGAAGUCCGGCUAA